AUGGCUUCGCAAGAGGAUGAGGUCAGGAAGAAAGGCUACGCAACCUUCUUCCAAGCCCACACUGUGUUCCUAACUGGGAGCACAGGGUCCCUGGGAGGAUGUCUGCUGUUCAAGCUGACGUUGCAGCUGCCGACACGGAAGAUAUUUGUUCUUGUGCGAAAGUCAUCGGAGCUGGCAGUGAAGAAAUGGAGGAAGAACAUGCCUGCCCAGACUGAGGCGUUGCUUGCCUCUGGGAAAAUUCAUUUUGUUAUCGGUGACAUAACAAAGCCAGACCUAGGGAUGGAUAUUCCGAACCUCAAGAAAUUACGAGACGAGGUGACCCUUGUUAUCCAUACGGCAGCCAAGAUCUCCCUUGACUCCAAUAUCAUGGAUGCUCUCGAAAACAACUGUUUCCCGGCUCUAGAGCUGGCGCGGCUUGCUUCAUCCUUCAAGAGGAUCAAGCUCUUUGUUCAGUUGUCCACAGCGUAUGCCAAUAGUUUCCUUCCAGAUGGAUAUGUUGGAGAGCGCCUAUAUCCUCACUCUGACAUAGACUGCGAUGACGAGAUCGCAUCGAUACAAUCUUCCGGCCAGUCUACGCAUACAUCUCGGUUCUCGGCCACGUAUACUUAUUCUAAACACCUCAUGGAGCGCUUGAUAUUGAAACAUUAUCCAACCCUUCCCCUGCUAUUCGUCCGCCCGACCAUUUUUGCGCCCGCGCUCCGUCAUCCGUACCCACUGUAUGGUCCUGAUGGCUCGCAUCCUCUUAAUAACUUCGCCGACCUUUUUCUUUCAGACCGUGGAGGAAAGCAGACGUGGCAUGCGGCCGAGGGAUACGAGAGUGGUGCGAAUAUUUUGGACGAGAUCCCCGUCGACUUUGUUGCCAACGCUUGUCUACUACACGCCGCAGCAAAGUCGCGUGGAAUUGUACAGGUUGGGUCGCAGUUGUACGUGCAGCGAACGUUUGAUGAUUUCUUGAAUAUCGUGCGAGAUCAUGCUCCAGCAGAAAUCCGAGAGCAGCUGCCACAGGUCACCUUCGUGCAAGACAGAAGUAUCCCACAAGUGUUUCUUGCAGAGCUGGUGAAAGUUGCAAGCCGGAACUGGAUAUUCGACUGUGGAAGAUCGUUUUGGCUGAAGCAAAUGGGUGGUCCCCUGAGUUUGGCAGCGUGCGAAUAUGAUGCGGAUCGCUUGAAUACGGCGCGGAUCGAAGACAUCUUCAAGAAAAACAUGAAAAAAAUGGCAAAGCUUUAG